AUGGACAAAAAGGACGACGACAUAGUCGACCUGCGCGGCCGCAUGCAGGCGGCAAACAAGCCCGUCAUGCGCGUGAACCGCGACGAGCUCUUAGCAAGUGGAGGACUCUUCGCCGAGCGCAUUCCAUCCUUCCUCGCCGAGAUCGAAAAGGCCAAUUGCAAAGCCGCCCAGCAGGAUUCAUCAUCAACCCCGGCCCCAGACGCACCGGCCUCUUCCGGGUUCGAACUGGGCGAGAACGAGGCCAGAGACCAGGUCCACGUCGAGAUGGACAUCGUCGCAGGCAUCCUCGAGGAGAAGCAGCCCAUCACCCACACUCGCCCACCGGGGUCCGAGGAUGGCAGCGACAACGACGACGACGACGACGGCGAGUUCCAGCUCGCUAUGCCGCCUGCGGGAACCGUCAGCGGUGGUGUGGAUGGCGGCAGCGGCGGCGGCAGCAGCAGCAGCAGCAAGCCGCUUCUGAUUCGCCCCGCCCGCUCCAGCAUGUCGUCUGAGGGUUCGUCGAGUUCGGAUUCGAGCUCAGGUGAUGGCGGUUCCCCGGGCAGGAUAGAGCGCAUCGUGCUCGAGAUGCCCACGUCCUGCGCCGCGCCUGACGCCCGCGGACGCGCAAAUUCGACCAGCAGCGCCACCAGCAGCAGCGGAUCCAGCACGAGCAGUGGGGGCAGAGAAGCCGAGGGCCAGGACAGCGCAGAGGCCUUGUUUCCGUCUCCCAACGUCAGACUUGCAGCUCGCAAGCGCACGCAGUCGCCUCUGGUGGAGAAGUCUUUGGGCUCGUCACCACCACCGGCCGCUGUGGAGGACCCUCCCAAGAAGAAGAAGAAAACCAAGAAGCUUAUCGAGGAGGUGGAGUAA